GGCUGAGCAAGUAAGCAAAGCUUCCAGAGAUCGUAAACUGGGGACAGGGGCAACAACCUCAGGAAACAAACCCGAUGUGCGUGUCAAAUUGUUUUUUGAGGCUAAUGUCGAUGAGAGGAAACAGAGGAAGAACUUACAACAGAAAGACAUGCAGACACUUCGUGAGUAG